AUGGUGGGGUGGGGCUGGCUGGAGGGCAGGGUGGUGUCAGGGUCACAUGUCAUCCGGGGCUGCUUGGCAAAGCAGGCAGUACAGUCACUAGAGCAGCAGGCAGUACAGUCAAGCUGCAGCCUGCGCAGGUUGCAUGUCCUAUCUGGGGGUGUUACGGCUGUUUCCGCACGUAAUCCAAGGGUCUUGCCUAAGGAAGAAGUUUCUCCUCUGAAUAGGUUACCCGUCCAGCCUGAAGACCCUUGUCAGCUCCUCGCAGGCAGCCCUGGGCAGCGAGAGCAGCCAGAGAGCAGGGAAGAGGAGACGGGUGUGAGAUAUGAAGAAGACACCUGGAGCUCCACCUUGGCAAUGCUGAAAACUGCUCCCAAGGAGAAGCCCCCUGCCAUAAUUGAUGCAAGAUGUGCCUUGAGUAUAGUACCAGAUGCCCGGGUCUAUGAGGACUAUGACUGCACCCUGAACCAGACCAAUAUCAGUGACAACACCAACAAGUUCAUCAUCAUUCAGCUCCUUGAGUAUAAUGGUUCCUACGGUGUCUGGAAGCACUCUGGCCGUGUGGGAUAUGAGGGCCUGUCUAAGCCCAUAACAUGGAAAUCCCUGGAUGCUGCCAAGGAGGACUUUGAAGAACUGUUUCAUACGAAAACCAAGAACAGCUGGGACAGAAGGGAGAACUACGAUGCCCAGACAGGGAAGUACAAACUCAUUGAAGUGGAGCAGGAGGUAGACCUCACCAGGGCAGGAGGUGGAGGUAGCCCUCAGGAUGUGAAGAAGAUGCCUCUGGGGAAGCUGAGCAAGCAGCAGAUUGCAAGGGGCUUUGAGGCCCUGGAAGAGCUGGAGGUAGAAAUCAAUAAGCUGCCACCCAACGCUGCUCAGCUGGAGAAAUACUCCUCACGCUUCUACACCAUCAUCCCUCACGACUUUGCAAAGGACACACCACCCACCAUCAACUCCCCUGACCUGCUGCGUGCCAAAAAGGACAUGCUAUUGGUGCUAGCCAAGAAUGCAUUGGCACAGAGCCUGCAGGCACAGAAAAUGAAGAAGGAGGAGGAGAAAGAAGUCUCCCGUCUGCUGGAUCAGGAUUAUCCCCUGCUCUGCAGCCAGCUCUCCCAGCUGAAGUCGAAUGAUGAAAUCCAGGAGGAGAGCAUGGCUCAGAGCAUUGCUCAAGACAGAAGUGGAUGCUCUUGAGGAGGGGAUGUACUUAGUUUGGUAGGCCACAAUGCUUGGCAAGCUGGUGCAGAACCCUGAAUGGAGAAGCAAAAGAUGUGCUUGGUGUGCUAUAAUGAAAGACUGUAUGUGCCUUUGCUGGUGUGUUCAGGUCUGGGCAGGGCGUCUGAUUAAGUAAUGUUGCUUAGUAACACCAAUUGUAUGAUUGUGUGAUUUUUAGAUAUAUUUGAAAAGGUAUAUGUAUUGGUGUGUGAAAUC